UGAUAGUAAUUCCUUGGGCCACACUUAGAAAUAUUUUUACAAAUCACAGGUAGCAGCAGUUGUUAACUUGACUGGACCACUCACCAAACACAUCUCAUCACUUUAGUUAAUAAUUAUAUAGAGCACAGAGUCGUCCUGUUUACUACAACAGCUUAGAGUCCAACAAAUAUCACUACCAUUUGAAUGCCGUAAGAACAUGAUGAGGGACAGAGAAUCAUCUGAUGAAGAAGAUGAUCGAGAGAACCUGAUCCAUCAAAAUGAAAGAGUAAAUCACCUCUCUAAAUCUCCACGCCCAUCCACAUUCCAAAUCGAAGACGUCAAGGACCGAUUUGCCCUUUGUCGGCGCUUCAAUUUCACCUCCGGUAAGACGUAUUUACUGGCAAUUAUUCUUCCACUUCUGGUACUCAUUCUUUAUUUCGCCACCGAUAUCAAGGCCCUAUUUCAGACCACUGUUACCACCAUAAAGUAUGAUGGUUCUGUCAAUUCCAUGCGCGAGUCCGAAUUGCGGGCUCUUUAUUUGCUUAAACAGCAGCAAUUGGGACUUUUCAAGCUGUGGAAUCACACACUAGUUAAUGAUACUUCUACUACACAUAGCUUGGAGUCCGCUCCUGGGUUUACUUUGGUUUCGAGGUCCUCAAUUGUCGAAGAUCUCAAAGACGAUUUGCUCAGACAGAUUUCACUAAAUAAACAAAUUCAGCAAGUUCUUUUAUCCUCUCAUCAAUUAGGUAACUCUUUAAUUACAUCAGAUAAUUCCACAGACCCUAGUCUUGGUGGUUUAGGUAGGUGUCGGAAGGUGGAUCACAACUUGUCCGAGAGGAGAACUGUGGAAUGGAAACCAAGAUCCAACAAGUACUUGUUUGCAAUUUGUGUCUCCGGCCAGAUGUCAAACCAUUUGAUCUGUUUGGAAAAGCAUAUGUUCUUCGCAGCUCUGCUCAACCGCGUUUUGGUUAUUCCGAGCUCAAAAGUUGAUUAUGAGUUUCGUAGAGUCUUAGAUGUUGAUCAUAUAAAUAAGUGCUUGGGGAGAGAAGUAAUUGUGACCUAUGAUGAGUUUGCAGAAAGACGAAAGAGCCAUUUGCACAUAGAUAAAUUCCUUUGUUAUUUCUCUCAGCCACAACCUUGUUUUUUGGAUGAAGAACGUGUUAAGAAAUUGAAGUCAUUAGGGAUAUCUAUGAAUAAGCUCGAAGCUGCUUGGGAUGAAGAUGUUAAGAAUCCAAAGAAAAGGACUGCCCAAGACAUAGUGGCAAAGUUUUCAAUGGAUGAUGAUGUUCUUGCAAUAGGUGAUGUGUUCUUUGCUGAUGUGGAGAAGGACUGGGUAAUGCAGCCUGGAGGCCCCAUUUCCCACAAAUGCAAGACACUUAUUGAGCCAAGUCGUCUUAUUAUGCUUACUGCUCAACGUUUCGUCCAAACGUUUUUAGGAGACAACUUUAUCGCUCUUCAUUUCCGCAGACACGGUUUUCUGAAAUUCUGCAAUGCUAAAAAGCCAAGUUGCUUCUACCCUGUUCCUCAAGCUGCAGACUGUAUCAAUCGUGUGCUUGAGAGGGCCAAUUCUCCAGUAAUGUAUCUUUCCACAGAUGCUGCAGAAAGUGAAACUGGUCUUCUUCAGUCACUUGUUGUAUUCAAUGGGAAGACAGUACCCCUUGUUCAAAGGCCUGCUCGAAAUUCAGCCGAAAAAUGGGAUGCUUUAUUGUACAGACAUGGCCUUGAGGGUGACCCUCAGGUGGAAGCUAUGCUGGACAAGACAAUUUGUGCUAUGUCUAGUGUGUUUAUUGGAUCAUCAGGGUCUACUUUUACUGAUGAUAUUUUGCGGCUACGAAAAGACUGGGGAUCUGCUUCGCUUUGUGAUGAGUAUUUAUGUCAGGGUGAACUGCCAAACUUUGUCGCUGAUGACGAGUGAAGCAGAUAAUGGUUGAGCAUACUUCGUCUAGUACUCCUCAAGCUCAUUCUGCUACUGGACAAGUUACUCUGCCCAAAGCAAUUGCUCUACUUGCAAAGCAAAUGAAAAAUUGUGUUGGAGUAAAGAGUGAUAUCGGUUGUUAUAUUGUCUGUUCGAUACUUGUAAUCUCGGUUCUUUAGCAUAGAUGGCCUAUUUGGCUAAUUCUUUUGGUCUGUAUUCUAGUGUAUAAUAUUGGUUAGCGGAGUAACAAUGUUUUGUUCUGUGUAGCUGUUUUAUCUCUUGCGACCAGUUUUAGAGUUUGUAGGUUUGCAUAUUGACACAUACACAUCUCAAUAUUCAGGAUGAAAAAAGACAACUUCACUUUCUUGUGGUAGAAAAUGGAGUUGUUUCAUUUCUCUCUCUUUA